GGCGGCGCGUCCCCCAGCCUCCCGCAUCGCGGCCGGGGUAGCAGUGGACAGCGCACCUUCCUGUCGCGUCCCGGUCGCCAGACUCUCCUCGGGAAUGGAGCAGGCACAGUGUGGCAGCAGAGACCGCAGCGGCAGCGGCCGACCCCACCUGGCCCCCGGGCUGGCGGCGGCGGCCCCCGCGCCCCUGUCUCCGGCGAUGACGGUGCCCCCGGGGCUACCGGUGCCCCCAACUUUCCUGCGGCCGCCCAGCCUGUUCCUGCGGGCAGCCGCCGCCGCAGCCUCGGGAAACGGAGGCUGCCCGCCGGCUCCCGGGCUGGAGAGGGGGGUGGGCGCGGUGGGCUGCGGCUACCCGCGGACACCCAAGUGCGCCCGUUGUCGCAACCACGGCGUCGUGUCUGCGCUCAAGGGCCACAAGCGCUUCUGCCGCUGGCGGGACUGCGCGUGUGCCAAGUGCACCCUGAUCGCCGAGCGCCAGCGCGUCAUGGCCGCCCAGGUGGCGCUGCGCAGGCAGCAGGCCCAGGAGGAGAGCGAGGCCCGGGGGCUGCAAAGGCUCCUGUACCCUGGACCCUCGGGGACGGGGGCUCGGACAGCCGGAGGCGGCGGCAGAACCGAGAAUCCCCAGGGCGCGAGAGGCCCCCCGGCGGUGACUGCGAUGGGACUGGGGGCCUUGAGACAGGCUAGUGGGCUGGCGACCCCUGCGUUCGAGGUUUUCCAGCCAGAUUACACAGAGGAAAAACAAGAACAAAAAGAGAGUAAAUGUGACUCAUGCCAGAGUGGACAAGAAGAACCGGUCUCCAGAUCCCACCAACUUACCCUGGGAUCAUCUCCUAAGUCGAAUGGUGUCAUUGGAAAACAAAACGUCAAGUCAGCUAUUCCAGAAAACUCAAGCAAGGAUGAUAACAUCCAGUCUCCUCACCGCGGGGAGCAAUCAGGAGGUGAAGAGAGCCCGGGGUCCUUGUCGUCCUCUGAUCUGGAAUCAGGAAAUGAAAGUGAGUGGGCCAAAGACUUCACUGCUACCAGAGCCUGGCUUCCCACAGUGUCCUCAAGACCAAGAGACCCUCUUGAUAUUCUUACCAAGAUUUUCCCAAGUUACAGACGCAGCCGGCUGGAAGUCAUUCUACAGUUCUGCAAGGGGGAUGUGGUCCAAGCCAUUGAACAGGUCCUCAAUGGGAAAGAAGACAAAGCAGACACCAGGGAUCUGGCAAGCUCAGGAGAAUUGGAAAAUACAGCUUUUCAGAAAGCUUCGAGUUUUAAUUUAGCUGGAAUUGGUUUUGGAACUCUAGGAAAUAAAUCAGCUUUCUCUCCUCUUCAAACUACUUCUACUUCUUUUGGAGGUGACUCAAGCCUCUACAGCUUAAAUCCUAGACUAGGUAUCAGUCCAUUACGGCUGGCAUAUUCCUCUCCAGGAAGAGGGCUGCCUGGUUUCAUGUCUCCCUACCUAACUCCUGGGUUGGUCCCAGCAUUGCCUUUUCGGCCAGCUUUGGAUUAUGCCUUUUCAGGGAUGCUUAGAGAUUCUUCCUACCUUCCCAGCAAAGACUCCGUAACUGGUGGCAGACUGUAUUCAAGGCUGAAUCACGACAACCUGUAAUACAUCGGCCUCAUCUCCCUUUCUGGAGUAAUUCUAGAAGCAUGCAGGACAGCCCUCACACCCACCUCUAUUAAUGUGUUCACUGUGUCUGUGAGUGGAUCCCCAGGCCUUAAAAAUGCUAUCCUUUUUUUUUUUUUUUUACAGCAAUAUAAUAGACUUGAGAUCUAAAGACUCUUCUUGAGCAUUUAUUAAGUGAAAGAAGCAUUUAAACAUUAUAUGUGCCUUGAAUAAAGCCAUUUCAGGAAAUAUUUUUACCUUAAACUAAUGAAUUUUCUCCCUAAAAUAUCAGUUGUCAAAUCCCUAUUUUAAAACUAUACUUGUUUUUAUUUUAUUGAAAAGUAGGGUUUAUAGUUGUAAAAUACAUUUGUAAGUGUAAAGCAGUCCAGCAUUAUAUAAAAUGAACCAAAAGGAGGAAUUUAAAAAUUGAGAUAAUUCUAAAUCACUAUUACUUUAAACAUUUUCUUUCCUUCUGUUCCUUGUACACAGGAAAGUUAUUCGAAGUAUUUUAAAAUAUUUUAUUUGCAUAUAAGUGAUUAGUAAUAAGUAAAA